AUGGGGGCUAUCAAACAGCUCGAGUCUCCUGGUGUACUGAGUUUAAUAACAGCGAUUAAUGAGUUUAAUAACCCAAACAUCUGUUUCGCCUGCCGACGUGGCAAAUCCGCAGGCAACAAUGACGUAAUUUAUGCAGAACCAGAUCGCUCUUUUGGAGAAGAAAAGUCGCAUGGUUUCACUGGUAUGAUUGGACAACUCCAGCGGGAAGAAUCUGACCUGAGCACUAUCGUGGCACCCACUCCAGGUCGCCUAAAGGCUGUCGACUACCUACGAACCUACCCAUCCGAUCCCCUGACCCUCACGUCUCUAAAACCCUCAGUGUUACCAGCACAUCUGUCUCUUGUAAGGCCAUUCGCAAAUGAGGUGUGGCUUGGCGUUACGAUGGCCACGAUAAUAUGGAGUGUGACACUGUGGGGACUUCAGUGGUUGUGGAAGUGGGCAGUAAAGGGGACAGCCAGUGCAGAGUUUACAAUCGCCCUCCUCUAUGGUUCAUCUGCCCUUUUGGAGAAACCUUCUCUUGAGCCGUCGGUCAAUAUCUCUGGACAGAUGCUGGUUGGAUUUUGGUUGGUUUUCUGCCUGAUUUUCUCUAGUGGCUACAAAUCCUCACUCAUCGCCCAUCUUACAGUCUUGAGCACCUCUCAACCCCUAGACCGUUUUGAGGAUUUACUUGAACGAGAUGGGUGGCAAUGGAUAAUAGAACCAUGGCUAUAUAAAGGCGCUACACUGGAGUACUUUUCUAAACACACAGAUCCUGUGGUCCAGCUGGUGCACAGGAAAAUGAAGGUUAUGGUGGCGGACAAGGCACUGCAGGAAGUCAGAAAGGGAGGCUUCACCUUAAUCGACCACAAGAAUUAUAUUAAAGUUGUGGUCGCGACUCGCUACACAGAUUCUCGAGGGCAGACCCAAUUUUACAUCAGUAACAAAGGAAUAUCCAUAUUAGCUACAUUUGGAUGGGGACUAAGAAAAGGUGCACCUUUUAUCCAAGAGUUCCAGAAUAUAAUGCACCAUUUGGAGGAUGGUGGAAUAAUCGAAUACUGGACAGAGGACACAAUUUAUCAGCGGGUAAUGGAUAAAAAAAUAGAUACAACAGUGAAUGGAGACGGCUUUUCCACUGGUGAUAUACAGGGAACUCACACCUUCCUUCCAGUCCUUAGGGACACCUGCCUUCGCUCUGAGUCUUCCCUGGUUAUUGGCUAA